AUGUUCAACGUUCGGAGCCCGCUUGACCACCAGCCCAUUCUUUUGCAACCUUCUCCCAUCGCUGCUCACCCUUGUUGCUGCUCGCCCGCCAUGGCGUCCCUGAAGGCCCACUUUACCACAAUACCCGCCGCGUCGCCGACGGUUGCGCCUUCACUUAAGUCUCCUUCGCGUGAUUUGCACUUCAACCGAGCGCCGUUCUUCGCCGCGCACGUGACAUGCAAGGCGUCAGGCCCCAGCCCAAGCCACAGCGCCAGGCGGAAUGGUGCCCUUAGCGUCACCGCCGUUGCUGUUCAAGCCGACAGUCCCGCGUCGGUGUUUUCGGACCCGCCGUUGGCGGAGGCGGACCCCGAGGUGGCGGCGGUGAUCGCGUCGGAGCGGCGGCGGCAGGAGGAGGGGCUGGAGCUCAUUGCGAGCGAGAACUUCACGAGCCGCGCCGUGAUGCAGGCCGUGGGGUCGUGCCUCACCAACAAGUACUCCGAGGGGCUGCCGGGCAAGAGGUACUACGGCGGCAACGAGUUCAUCGACCAGAGCGAGGUGCUGUGCCAGCAGCGCGCGCUCGCGGCGUUCCGCCUGGACCCCGCGCAGUGGGGCGUGAACGUGCAGCCGCUGUCCGGCUCGCCCGCCAACUUCGCCGUGUACACGGCGCUGCUCAAACCGCACGACCGCAUCAUGGGCCUGGAUCUGCCGCACGGGGGGCACCUGUCGCACGGGUUCAUGACGGCGAAGCGGCGCGUGUCCGCCACGUCCGUGUACUUCGAGUCCAUGCCCUACCGCCUCGACGAGUCCACCGGGUUGGUGGACUACGAGGCGCUGCAGCGGUCGGCGCUGCUGUUCCGCCCGCAGCUCAUCAUCGCGGGCGCCAGCGCGUACCCGCGCGACUACGACUACAAGCGCAUGCGCCAGAUAGCGGACAGUGUGGGCGCGUUCGUGCUGGCGGACAUGGCGCACAUCAGUGGACUCGUGGCGGCGGACGUGGUGGCCAACCCCUUUGAGUACGCGGACGUGGUCACCACCACCACGCACAAGUCGCUGCGGGGGCCGCGAGGCGGGCUGAUCUUCUUCCGCCGGGGCGAGAUGAACGGCAUCGACAUGGAGACGGCCAUCAACAACGCUGUCUUCCCCGGCAUGCAGGGCGGCCCCCACAACCACACGAUAGGCGGCAUCGCGGUGUGCCUCAAGCAAGCUGCCACGCCCGCCUUCAAGGACUACCAACUACAGGUGAAGGCGAACUGUGCAGCGAUGGCGGAGCGGCUGGUGGCGCUGGGGUACACGCUGGUGUCGGGGGGCACCGACAACCACCUGCUGCUGCUCGACCUGCGCCCCCUCGGGUUGGACGGUGCGAGGGUGGAGAAGGUGCUGGACCUGGCAGCCAUCACACUCAACAAGAACUCCGUGCCAGGUGACAAGAGUGCGAUAGUGCCUGGGGGCAUCCGCAUCGGCACACCGGCGCUGACAACGCGCGGCUUCAAGGAGGACCACUUCCACCAGGUGGCGGAGCUGGUGCACGAGGGCAUCAACCUGGCGCAGCGCGUCAAGGCGUCCAGUGACGAGGCAGUGCGGGCGGCAGGGGGAGCGGGGGCCAAGGUGAAGGACUACAUGGCGUACGUGCAGGGGGAGGGGUGCAAGGAGCGCGCGGACAUAGAGGCGUUGAAGCAGCGUGUGACGGCGCUGGCCACGCAAUUCCCCAUGCCCGGUGUGGACAUCGACAACCUCGCCCGCUGA